UUUUGUUUCCUCACUACCAUGAUUCACGUCCUCGCGUUCGCCGCCGCCUUCCUGUCCAUCGUCAAUGCCACGCCCGCGCCGUCCCUCGCCCGACUCGUGUCGCGCGCUGGCCUCUGCACAGAGGAAGAGAGCGCGAUCGACGGCUACUACUUCGGGAUGGCGAUCGCCUCGCUGAUGGCCUUCCUCGUGUUCUUCCUUGGCGGCUUUCUGUGCUUCCGUCAGCGCCGCCUGCGCACCGCCCUCGCCACCGUCACCGUGCUCCAGCAGGAGGUCUCACAGUUCCGCGGCGCCCCGGUCGCGACCAAACAGCCCGCGUAA